CUGUUCACAGUGAAUAAUAUGUCUAUGGGCUAUCGAAAUCGUUUAAUUCAUCUUAAACUUUUACCUUUGAUGAUGUAACUAGAAAUUGCUGACAUAAUCUUUUUCAUCAAGUCUGUAAGGUACCCAUCGGACCACUUUAACAUCUUUGAUUUUGUGCAGUUCAGUGCUCAUCAUACUCGAUCAAGCUCCAAUUUUAAGCUUAAGCACACAGUAUCCACGAACUACAACGAAAAAAUAUUUUACUUCAAUCGUAUAUAUACCUCGACUAUGGUCCCUCGUCUGGAUAUUAGUCUUCCUCUCUCUUCUAUCAAAUUUCACAAUUACUUGUUGCUUGCGUUAUGUUACAUCUUUACUGUUACUUGUCCUACCAAUCCUCUCUCAUGCCAUUAACAUAAUUAAUAUUCUACCAACCUUCUUCGAGUUGCACGGUGUGGUUUGAUCUAGCUAAACUAUUCAGUUUAUUAUUCUUCCCCAUAGGAUGGGGACGACUCCUCUCUUCAUUGCCAGUCAAAAUGGACACAGUGAAGUGGUGAAUAUCCUACUGAGGAAUGGAGCUGGUGUGGAUAGAGCUAGGAACGAUGGGACGACUCCUCUCUUCAUUGCCAGUCAAAAUGGACACAGUGAAGUGGUGAAUAUCCUACUGAGGAAUGGAGCUGGUGUGGAUAGAGCUAUGAACACUGGGUCGACACCUCUAUAUAUGGCAUGUCAAGAAGGACAAAUUGAUGUGGUGAAUAUCCUGCUAGCAAAUGGAGCAGAUGUGAACCUAACUGGAUUCCAGGGAAGGAGACCCAUUGAUGCUGCCAGACUCCAAGGACACUCUGAUAUUGUCCGUCUACUGGAGAAGAGAGGACAUUAGUCACUUUACUUAUACAUGUAGCUAGCUACUAUAUAGGUAAGAGGAAUUUUUGGCUGAUCUCAGUGU